AUGAAACGUGAUGUUAAUUGUUACUAUGUUCACUGUGGAUAUUCACCAUUAAAACCAGGUGGAACAGAGAAAAGAUCAGAAGAGCUCUGUAUUGCUAAUUAUGAUAAAGACUUUUGUAAAGACUGCAAUAAAGACUAUCAGAAGGUUUUCUACAGUGACCUGCACCAUGGAAGUCCCAAGAGUGUCAGCAUCCAAAGUGGCGAGGAACCUGUACAUAACAACAAAGAAAACCAAGAAAUAUUGUGGAGGCAUGUUCAGAGUGUCAGUGAAAUGGACAAUGGAAAUGAGGACAGUGGGUAUUCCUCUUUGUUGGGCAAUCAGCACGAACCUACCAUCCACGAUGAUAGCAUGCCUUUGGCAGGAAACAUCAAUAAUACACCAAAUAACCAUCUUAAUCAAAGAAAGAAUUUGCUUCCAGUCCUCCAUUUUGAAGAACUUGUCUGCUCAACUUUAAAAAAAACUAGUAGAAGAAAUCCAAAGACAUGGGCUCUUGUCUUAGAUAAGAUUGUUUCUAAGCAAAACAUGGAAUUUAGGAAUCUAAUUGGCAAAAAAAUGGGACUAGAUAAAUUAGACAUUCUUGGUGAGCUGUUCCGUGGAAAGUUCAGUCAUCUGCUAGCAAGUAUCUUAAAGCAUCUCAGCUAUAUGGACUUGAUAAAGUGAGUUCAUUUAAUAUGGUGUCUGUACAUUAAGCUGAAUUAUAAGGUCAAGCUCAAGAGACCAUUUUUACUGUGUGGUGCACUAAUUUUCCUCAUGGACGAAUAUUGCAUGAAGACAUAUGUGUCAGCUAGCAUAUCCAUGUGAAGUAUUGUGCGAAUAUUCUCUUUUACUGUCUGUUCCCAGUGCUCUGGCAAUAAAUAUUAAUAUCUCAGAAUGACCUUCGUUGGGUGACAUCCAAUCAGCAGAAGAGACCUGUUGGUCACGCAACAGGAUUCCUCUUUCUGUUCCCCUUUGCAGUUGCACCACACUCCAAAAUAUACUCUGGAGGAUUGGAAGACCUUCUGAGCAUAUGAGGCGAGGAAGGGGAAGUCUGUUCACAUGACAUCGGAUGUUACCCAUUCAAUUUAAUUUGUUAAGGCAUUGGUAGGGAAAACAAUUUUAUAUUUGUAGAUGUUAGAACCCUUUAUCAUUUUUCAUUUCUGCUUUCCUUUAUUUCAUUUCAAACUAUUCAGAAUAGAAUAUGAAGCUGUCCAACUCCUAUGCUGUGCUAAGCUUAGAGUGGACACUUCUGAAACGUGCGCAUCCUUUCUAAAAGUGCAUAGAAGGGAGAUGAAUGUACAUCUCUGCACUGAGGUUGCCUAUAGUUUUGUAAUAAUGGAAAGGUUUAUAAAUGGUGCCUUGGAGGUAUCUAUAGGUAGAAUUGUUUACUUGGUUAAGCAACGGGAUUUGAUCUUAUUUUCUGAAUAUAACUGAUGGUUUUUUUCACAACAGUGUGGCUAAAGUGAGCACUACAUGGAAAAAAAUUCUACAAGAUGACAAGUGGGCUUUCCAGAUGUAUAACAAAGCACUGAAAUUGACUUUGGUAAGAUUCUCUACUUUCCCCCAUUCUAAGUCCUGUUUUUAUUAUUGAAGCACCUACACAUCUAGGAACUGGGGCAGGGGGGUUCCAUCAUUUCUGUUGCAAGCCUCUGAUUGCUAACACAAGCUAAAAAGCAGAGGUGGAGAACCUCAGGCUCUGUCUGGCCCAGGGUACACACCUCACAGGCUCUCAGCAUGGCUGAAAUGCCUCCAUGAAUUCUGAUGAUGCCUCUUCCUUCUAUGAGGGUAGAGAGGUACAUGCAUAGGAACUAGUCUACUGUACAAAGGCACAAUUUGGAUUUGUUGCUCCACCCAGUUUUGCCUCUGGCCCCACCCACCACUGACAUGUUGGCCAUUGGGCUGAAAAGGUAUAUACACCCCUCCUAUAAAGGUAACUUGCUCGUUUUCUCAGGCCCGCAAGUUUUGGCUGGAUUUGUUAGCCUGCUUUUAUUUGUGCCAGAUAACUUGGUAGGGCCUGAUUAAUAUAUGUGGCAAGGCUCAAGAGUAAGGGCUGGGCCUUGGUCAGCUUUGCAUGCAGCUGUUUUGCACCGCUAAUUGUGCAAGCAGCAAAGCAUGCCAGGAGUCUAUAUGCUAGAUUGCCAGUGGCAAUGCCUGUACAAUCAAAUCUUGUUUUAAUCAUCUGAGAUAUUCCGAAACUUCAUACAACCAGACACAGCGCUUUGCAAACAUACAAUCUAGGAAGCAACAAUUAACUAAUUUCCCAUUAUGUCCAAACCAAGAGACAGCAGAUAAUGGCUUCUAAACAAGUCAGAAUAUGAAAAGGUGGCUUAAAAAGCUGGUUUUCAGAACCUGGUUUGUUUAGGCGAUAUUAACCAUAGUUUCCAGUUCGGUUGGAAUAGAAAUGUAUGACUAAUAGAGGCUUCCUGUCAUGCAUGCAUGCUUACAUAAAGGUGCUGUACGUGGAUGCAUGCACAUUGGGCAAAAAGAUUCCUGCGUUGCAGGGGGUUGGACUAGAUGGUCCCUGUGGUCCCUUCCAACUCUAUACUUCUAUGAACCUCAGACAUAUCUCAGCUUACUAAGCCAACAUUGGAUUGUGAAUGUGGCCAGUGGCUGUUGCUCCUGGCAGUCCAUCAAAUGGAUUUUUUUUGAAGCCCUGGUUCCAGACUUGCAAAUAAAUUUGGGGAAGAUAUUGGCCUACACAUACAUUUAGUAGCCUGCCAGCCAAUCCAUAUUUGUAUUGCUCUCUUUGGAAGUUCCAAAAGCAAAAAGCAUUAAUUUUUAAUCUAAUUAGAUUUUUAAUAUAAUUUUUAAUACCUCAGUUUUUAAUAAGGUCCCCAAAGACACAUUUGGAGGCUAUUGGGUCAUAUGCCACCUGGAGGGCUGAUACAAACUGUGAGUUAAAAUGCCAUGUUCUACACCAGGGGUCUUUUAUUCAUGAAAAUUCCUGAGAAUUUGGCAAAGGUGCUGAGCCAUCUAUUGGUCAGAUAGUAGAUUGUCUUUUGUAGGAAUACUGCCAGAAACUAGAAGGAAGACGUCUCCGAAGUAUCAGCUAAGUUUCCUUAUUCUGCUUUUGUUUCUUUACUCCCUGAAUACAAAAGCAGGUUCCGAUGUGUGUGUAUACUAACAGAUAAUUAGCACUUUACUUUCUUUUUCAAUCUGCAGUCUUGUAAUAAACAUUAUUUUCUUGGCAGAAUAACAGCGUGAAGGCCUCCAGACAGGGUGAUACAAGGGAAUAUGCUCUUUGUCGAGAACCAUUAACUCACGUUCAGAAAGUAUCAGCUGCACAAAACUCUAAAAAAGCAUCCAGAAUCAAGGUGGACAACCAGAGCUCUUCCUCCUACAGCCGGUACACACAGUUUUCCGAGGUAAAGUGCUUUUAAUUCUGAGUGGCUUCUGGUGAUGCCACAUUGUUAGUAAUAAUUUCAAGUACAAUGGCCCCAUAUCAUGUGCCAGUUAAUCUUAUACAGUACAAACCUUGUGAAGCCAGAUUAAGCGAGCAACAUAUUGAACUGUUUAACAGGCUGUAUCUUUUGACAAUAGAAUUUGAAGUAGAGGAAGCCUUAAAUUCUUUUUAGAAGGGCAAGCAAGCUGUAAAAACAUGGUGUGUCUAUUUAAAUGAGCUUCAUUUUGAUUCAGGGAGAUGUUUACAAAAGCAAAAUCCUUUUAAUUUUUUUUUUUAUUAUUUUGCUCAACAGGUUGCCAUGACUUUGAAAAACACUGAAAGCCUGAAAGUCUGCAGUUACUGUGGUUCACCUGCUAAGUAUGAUUCCCAUCUGCAGAGGGCAACAUGUAUCCGUGAAGGCUGUGGUUUUGACUUUUGCACAAAGUGCUUAUGCAGCUACCAUAGUGCCAAGGACUGCUCAAGUGGAAAGUCUUUGAAGCCCUCCUUCAAAUCAGGACCCCUUCCUGGUACCAAAAAAAGCAAACAAAAUUUACGCAGGCUUUAA